AUGGAAUCCAACGAACUAGAGAGGGAGAGUGAUGAAAGCGAAGACGAGAAUUUUAUUGAUGCUGAAUCAGAACUGGAAGAAGUCGAUGAGCAGAAGGAGAAGGGAGAAGUAACCGAAGGUGAAAAGAAGGCAUCGUUUCGGCUUUUUGUGCCUGAAGACGAUAGUGUCAAUGAAGCAAGCUUCCAGAAGCAGCCGAAACCGGAGGAACCGGAGGAACCGGAGGAACCAGAGGAACCAGAGGAACCAAAGGACCCGAAGGACCCGAAGGACCCAAAGGACCCAAAGGACCCAAAGGAACUAGAAGUGCUACAGGUACCCAACUCACAGUCCAGUCAAAAUAUCUCAUAUAAGAGGCCAGUCAUGUUUCGGCAAACUUCGUGGAAAUAUGAUAACUACAACAGGUAUCCUGACUACAUACAGAAGUUCUUGAAGCCUCAUAAAUUCAAGGUCACACGACCUCGGGAAGAACAUAAGUACCCCCAAUUCGAUCUUGUACUCAAAGUCAGCACUCCAAUUGACUUAAAGACCAAGCAGCCGUUGCCUGAGGCUGAGGUCAACAUCAAACGCCUAGUGAAAACAUUGGACCUCAAUCGCUUCGUAGUAGCAAUCAAACCAGACAAUCACCUAGGCUUUCUGCUUUUCUUUGUCACAGUUUCAGCCGAUUUAUUUCAAUCAUUACUUGAAAAGGCAAAAAGAAUCGACGGUCUUUACUCUGUCGACCAAUUGACGGAGGAGCCUACACUUUCUGACAGACUUAGGCUAAUCAGCGCCAAGUUGUCUUCUGCCAAAUCAGAAGGUGGCGCCGGUAUCACCGUAGGAAAGGGUAACUGGUCGUUUGUUAAGGCAUGUAUACCUGUGGCAAGCUUCAGGUGGUCAGAAAAGGGCCUGAACGUGCUUAAAAGUACUCUUGUUCCCUUCAACGCUACUUCCAGCAAGGCCCAAUCCAGCUUCCUUUUGAAGAACUACGGCUCUAGGUAUUCGUUCUAUUUUCGUGCCAUCAACCAAUAUAUUCUGUUCCUAUUGGUUCUUUCGGUCAUUGGUAUUGUUUCCAACCAUCUCUAUGGACGUUUUUCUAAAGUGUUCACAUUUUUAAACCUAUUUUGGGGGGUCUCUUUCUAUCUCUAUUGGUACGGAAGUGAGAAGAAAUUGGCUAAGGAUUGGAACGUUACCAAUGUGUCUCGUGUCGAUGUUUCUAGAACUGAAAAGAAGGAUCCUCCUUAUAAAAUAUUGCUUAGAAAGGCUGCUUUUGCUCCAGUUGCCAUCACAAGUUCUUUGAACUUGGUGUUUUUCCAGUUUGCAUGCUUCUUGUUAGAAAUCUUUCUCACGGAAUUGUAUCAGGGACCAGGGAAAUCCUUCUUGGCUUUGGUUCCUACUAUUGUUGUUUGCACUAUUGUCCCUAUUUGCACCGCAAUAUACUCUGCCGUGGCCAACGUUUACCUAUCCUUUGAAAACAACCCUACUGAGGCCACUCAGUCCAAGUCAUUGCUCUUCAAGAUGUUUGUCUACAACUUCUUAGCUAGCUAUAUUCCUCUUUACAUCACCUCCUUUAUCUAUUUGCCUGUCGGUUACAAGGUCAAUCCAUAUUUGUCUACCAUCGACCAAUACACACAGAUUCUUACCAAUUCAACUAUAUACUUGUCCAGCUACAAGAUCCCUCUCAAAACAUCCAAUUACUCAGUUAACAACUUGAGAUUAAUCAACCAGUUCAGUUAUUUUAUUGUCACCAACCAAAUAAUUGGCCUCUUUAUGGAAUACGGACUUCCAUUCGUUCUUCACAAGCUUUCCGCUGCUCCACUUGUUGGAAAAUUCCUUGGGGGCGUGGAAGUCGUUGAUACCACGGACUCUGAUGAUGAGAAAGACCUUUUGAACGAUCUUAGAUCCAAACUAACGCUUCCUUCUUAUAAUAUCAACGAUGAAUACAGACAGAUGGUUAUUCAAUUUGGUUUCAUGAUGUUGUUUGGUCCUACUUGGUCCAUUGGAGCCGCUAUUUCUUUAGUUGUCGAGCUAAUUCAAACCAGAGGAGAUUUCUUCAAGUUGCUUAAGCUUGUUCAACCUCCCAUCCCAGAUAGAUCAGAUUCAUCCUACCCAUGGCCUUUCUUCCUGAAGGUUUUGCUUAUUAUUGGAUCAUUCACUUCUGUUUGUAUCACUUUAAUGUACAAUGGAGGGGAUCUUGUUUCAUAUACUGAUCAUACAUCCGUCAAGGCAAAUUGGCUUUAUAUUCUUCCUUUUGCUUUCUUGACAUGCUUUACCACGCAGAUUGUCAUUUAUAUCGGUGAAGUCGUCAUUGACGAAUAUUACACGGAUCCGGGUUCUGUAAUUGCAAAAAGAGAGGAACAAUUACAGAAGAUUGUGAAAUCCGUGGACGAAAAGGAUACUUCUUUGCCCAACGAUACUGAAGCCUUGAUCUCCAAGGCAAUUCAAACCUUGAUUCCUGGACAGUCCAAGAAAACCAAAAAAAUCAACUGA